CCCAUAACAUAGACCACCAAACCAGUGGAACCAUCCAUGAGAGGAGGGAAGGGAGAGAGAGAGAGAGAGAGAGAGAGAGAGAGAGAAAAGAAACGUUCCGUGGUCUCCCAGCUCCGUGUCCAGCCAACCAUCCACCAGAACCCAAACUGCCGGACGGGGCCAGACGCGCAACACACACGGGCUGACGGGUUCACCACCACACCCACACACCCGGCCGGCGGAUAGGACCGACCGAACAACCUGCCCGUCAGAAGGGAAACUAAGCAAAACGCCACCGGAUUACCUUGACUUCACUACACACACCAAACUUUACCACUCUCUAGUCUCUACCACUGCUACUGGUACAGUUACCUACACACACCUCACUCUUCCUAUAAUUCUGCAACGCUAUACCCGUACACGUGCAGACACGAACUUUGGCCCCCAAACCGCACGCACGUCAGCAGAGAGGCCCGUAACCUAGCCCAAGAUUGUAUGUACACUCUGUUCCUGGGACCCUUAUUCGUCCCAAGAGAACCGCCCUUUCCCAAUCCAACAACUAGAAUUUUCGAAAAGUCAACGUUGUCUAGGCUCCUUCCUUCUUCUCGGCCCCUUUUCUAGCUUGCCUUCUAGAAGAGGUGUUAUACGGAUUUACGGAUUUUGGAAGGGGGGGGGGG